CAUUUCUUCGCCCAAUAUGUCGAAGUAAAUGAACCACAACGAAUAAGCACGACGAACUGAGACAUUGCACAGAAAUUUGUUGUCAUGAAUGAGAUUUUACGUGUACUCAUGAGUGAAUUAUGGGCAGAUGCGAAUUCUUUUCAAUACUCAUACGCGAAUCAUCGGUAGCUUAAAAUCUGGAUUAUUAAAAAUUAAUCAGUUUGUUGGAAGUGGUGUCAAUACUUAGUUUAGAAAGUAGAUAUGAGUUAUAUUGGUUCUGAUGCCGAGCAAGAUAAGCCAGCAAAUUUGGCUGACUUUCGACGUCAACGCAGUUCAAGCAAUUUAAUGACCAAAGCAAUGGAAUCAUCAAAACUUCAACAACAAAACAUGUGGAAUGAUAAACAGAAUAAUGACGAUACAGACUCGGAAAUAUCUGAUUCUGGACAAUUUCUUGCUAAAGGUGCCUUCCUAUUGACACCAUCUCACGAGUUAACAAUGGAUCGUGCAGCGAUGAUUUGCGAGAAGAUGAACUUUAAGGGAUGCUUUAGUCUUACGAAAACGGCAACUGGAAUUUUAUUUAAAUUCUCUCAUCCUGAAGACUACCAGAUUGUUUUCAAAAAAGGUUUUCAUAAAGUUACUGGCGCAAGAUUUUACAAAAAGGUUGCGAUCCCAUGUCGCCCACAAAAGACAUUUACUCUCUAUGUAUUUGAUGUGCCCGAUGAUCUACCUGAAGAAGACAUACGACAUUCAUUGUAUAAAUUUAAUUCCGUUGUCGAAGUUGUUAGGCUUGUCGUGUUUUACAAGAAUAACGAGGCAGACCCUAAUCCUAGUGCAUAUCAAUCCCAAAAUGCAGGAAUGCUAACACCAAGCUUAAAGAAAGUAGCACCAAAGAUUGAUGAGCAGGAUGUCGCAAAUAAGAUUGAAGCUCCACCAGCACCAAUUCGAAUUACUCUUGCAUCAUUAGAAGAAUACAAUUACUUAUUACAAAAUGGAUUAGAUUUCUAUGGUGCCACAUUCUUCCCAACGGAAGCUAAUCUUCCAGCUAAUGCAGCAAAAAUUGCAACUAAGAAGGGAACCCGAUUGGUUGAUGGCUCGAUUCCCGGACGUGUUCGAGAAUUAUUGCCAGUUUUUGAUACACAUGGAUUUACAAAAAUUCCACCUCCCGUGCAUAAGACAAUCAAACCACGCCCGUAAAAACAAUAUUUCUAUUGUUCUUACACAAAUUAAAAAAAAAUAUUUCCAUCAUCGCAAUUUUAAAGCUUCUUAUUAUUCCCUAUCCAUAAUCACCAGCAACAAUACAAAACUGCUGCCGUCGUCAUAAAUAAUAGAACAAAUCAACGACGAAUAAAUCUUUUUUAUAUUUUUUUUCGCGCAUCAUUUAACAUAAAAAUCGCGAGGCUGAAGAGAAACUAUCGGAACUAGUAGAAAAAAAAGUUAAAUUCCUUACCUUGCGUCUCAUGUCUUUCCAUUUCAUAGUUUUUUGAGAAAAUUAAUUGGUUUUUUUUACAUCUUUACAUCUUUUGUUCCUACAUAAUUUUAAUUUUAUUAUUUU